AUGCGUCAUGGAUCUACAACGGAAGGGGGGCCCACAGAUGACAAGUCUGAUAGGCUAUCCCCAUGGGAAUGGAUCCGGAGUCAAUUUCACAUGAGACCACCUGAAGAUGAUGAGCCACAGUCGUGGUGGAUUGCGUCCACGGCCAUCCCGCUUGUUGCUGCUACAACGGGACCACUCGCCAAUGUCAUGUCAAUCGUUGCACUGGUUGUGCCAUGGCGAAGCAAAAUCCUCUCAUAUGAAGAUAGCGCUGCUGGAAACCUCAUCCAGGAAGGAUAUCCAGACCCUCGUUGGACCACUUCCCUAAAUGUCGUCUCGCUUUGUUGCGGGAUUGUGGGCAAUAUGUUUUUACUGUUCAAUUUCACCCAGAUCGUACGCUAUAUUAUAGCUUUGCCUGUGACGAUCAUUUUGUGGUUCAUAGCCGCCGGAAUCCUCUGCGGAAUUACCAUAGCUACAGAUAUCUAUAAUCCCCCGGUAGGCAUUGAUAGGGUCUACUCGCAGGCUUAUUGGAGUGCCGUCAUUGCGGCAAUCCUCUACUUUAUCUUGAGCUUUGUCUUGAUGGUGAACAUGCUUGGCUAUUUCUUGGGCAAAUACCCGCAACAUUUCUCGCUAACAGGCGAGCAACGAACCUUGAUCCUGCAAAUGACUGCAUUGAUGGUUUGGCUGUUGAUUGGCGCGACUAUUUUCCAGCGAGUGCUCGGCAUCUCUUUCGCCGAUGCAUUGUACUUCUCCGAUGUCACCGUUCUCACAUUAGGAUAUGGCGACAUAACUCCCAUCGACUCCGUCAGUCGAGGUCUUAUUUGGCCAUACGCAGUCAUUGGUAUUAUCAUCCUGGGACUGGUCGUGGAAAGCAUAUUUAGAUUUGCUCGCGAAGUUCACUACGACAAUGUCAUCCAGAAACACAUUGAACAGAAACGGCAAUACACUUUGGAGCAGGCAAUCGGCUAUGACGAGCUCGAAUCUUCUCAAGGGAAACGCCCGACCAGUGGAGAAGUUAUCACCCCCGCGGCUCUCACUCGCCACAAAUCUAAGACUCAUCGGCGUCAUCGACCAAUUCGCAAUACCAUCAACGCCAUUACCACGGCUCGACGACCCAGGAUCCUUGUCAUGCGUGAAGAAAAAGAUCGGUUUGAUGCUAUGCGCCGUAUCCAGUCUGAUACCAUGCGCUUCCGUCGCUGGAACAACUUGGUCAUCAGCAUGGUUACAUUCGGAAUUGUGUGGUGCUGCGGAGCAGUGGUGUUCUGGAAAUUAGAAUCCAUUACCUACUUCGAAUCACUCUACUUUUGCUUCGUCUCCCUGCUAACCAUCGGCUAUGGUGAUUUCACACCGCAGUCCAAUCCAGGAAGACCUUUCUUUGUGGUAUGGUCUCUAAUCGCCAUCCCAACCAUGACCAUGCUCAUUUCCGAGAUGAGCGACACAGUCGUCGCCAGCUUCAAGCGCGCCACCGAAGUAGUUGCCAGCUACUUCGUGCUUCCUCAAUCCCGUGUUUACAAGACAUUCUUGGGUCGGAUUCCCGGCGUUGCCCAAUUCAUAGUGGCCCGCCAAGAGAAAAAGCGGCGAGAGCGCGGUUUCCCGCUUGAGGGGGCUGAUGAAUCCGACACUCGGGAAAGAACGGAACCCGAGGAGGCUGGUCAAUCUAAUACUCAAAGCGAGGAUUUAGCCGAGUCUCAUCCGCAGCUGUCCCUCGAGGAACUCGCCCGCGAUCCGACCCCACUCGAGCUUGCCCAGCAACUUGCCUUUGCUAUUCGCCGCGCCUCGAAACAGGCUCGGGAAGGCAAGCGAACGCGAUACUCCUAUGAAGAAUGGGUCGAGUUCACCCGGCUCAUUCAGUUCACCGACCCGCGGGCUCGGCCACCACCAUCACAGAGAAAUCAGCCGGCAAGUGAGGGAGGUCUUUCGACUGAAGACGAAUAUGGACUUGUUAAUUGGGAUUGGAUUGGUGAGAACAGCCCCUUGCUAGCAAAACAGACGGAGCCCGAGUGGGUUCUAGAUCGGUUAUGUGAAAGCUUGAUUCGGUACGUGUCGACUCAAGAGGAGAGUCGGCCUGGGGGAGGUGAUACCGAUUUGACGGAGGAACCAACGCUUAGAAAAGAGAGUGAUAUUGGGUUAGAUGAAUGA